UAGAGAGAGAGAUACUCAAAAAAUAGAAAGUUUUAUUGUGAUUAUUAAUAAGAAUAACAAGAGAUUACCAUGAGUCAUUAAAUUUUAUACAUUGAUAAUUGGGCUGAACACAGAAUAAGUUGGAAUCAUACUGGAUCCAACAGAUAUUGAAAAUAGUGAUAGAUUGAGCUCAACAUUUAAAGAAGAAAUCCUAGACAUAUUUUAUUACUUCUCUGACACAAUUCAAGUGGUUUUUAAUAUCAGCUUGAGUUUUAUCACAAAGCCUUUUACUCUUCUUUUUAUUCUUCUUAGUUGCAGUAUAUAUAGGUAGAAGAACGACCUAGUCACUACACAAUUUGAGUGCAAAAAUCAAACUGAACUACAGGUUGUUUAUCAUUUUUCGUUUUCAGAUAAUGAAAAACUCAUUUUGCAAGAAAAUUAAAAUGGAAUCAUUGCUUAUCAUAUUUUUGUUUGUUUUUUUAUUUGGUUGGGCAUAUUUUCAAAGUUAUGAAACACCUUACCAAGAAGAAAGUUUUGCUCUAAGAAACUUUCAGAAAGUUGAUCAGGAUGAAAUCGAGUUCUACCCUAACGUGAAACCAAUCUGCAAUUCUACCAUAGUGAGCGCAUAUUACAACAUAUCCAGCAAGCAUUCUCCAGCUGAGUAUUUUGAAUGGAUUACCAAUUUUCUCUCAUUAGUAGAUUGUAUGGUUGUCUUUACUACACCAGACAAUGCUAACAUUUUUAGGAAGUUGAGAGAUCCAAGUCGUCCAUUAGAAAUACUAAUCCAACCUUUUGAAAACUUCUAUGUUUAUAAGGAAUAUGAUCAAAAAAUUUGGGAUUUCCAAGCUACUAUAGACAGAGAGAAACAUGUUGGACAUAACAAAAAGGUGUACUGGGUAUGGAAUGAAAAGACAAAUUUUCUAAAACUAGCCUCGCAAUGGAAUAUUUUUAAAUCAAACUAUUUUGUUUGGGUUGAUAUAGGAUGUAUCAGACAUAACAGAUUUAACAAUAUGCAGCUGAUAAAUCACUUACCAUCUAACCCAGGUGUGCUUUUUCUGAAAGUUCUAAACUUUACUGAAAAUGACUUGAUUUUUGAAAAUGGAGUUUCAAAUGUUGAUUUUGGGCAGGUGGAUAGAAUAGGUGCUGGGGUGUUUGGAGGAAGCGCUGACCAAAUCUUAAAAUGGCACAAAGCCUAUUAUUCAACUCUACAAAGGUAUAUUAAUGAGAACAGAUUUGCAGGGAAAGAACAAAAUAUUAUGGCUACAACUUGUAUAGAGAAUGAUGUAUGUCUUAUCCUAGAUGGAACUGACUAUAGAUGGUUUCUGCUGCAUGACUACUAUUUGGGACUGUUGAAAAUAGAACCAGUUUUAAUGAAUCUCACAGAAUUUAAGUUGAAAUCUAUGGAUAUUGGAUUUACUGAAAAUCCACCGAGAGAUGAAUAAAAAUGAUCUAAGGAGGUGGUCAGAAUCUAAGAUUCAACCAUAAAGGGGAUCAAAAAUUGUCAGAACAUUUAAAUAAUAGGCUUUAUUUAUAUAUUAAUCUCUACUAAUAUUUUUGUAUGGUAAAUAUAUUGAAUAAAUAAAUAAAAAUGA